AUGGUUGAUGACCCUGGCGAGGUCGGCCAAGUUGAUGACCAUGGAGAGGUCGGCCAGGUUGAUGACCCUGGCGAGGUCGACCAAGUUGAUGACUUUGGCGAGGUCGACCAAGUUGAUGACUUUGGCGAGGUCGGUCGAGUUGAUGACCUGGGCAAGUUCCACCAGGAUGCAUCCCAUUCUGCUGCUUCAACUUCUGAUGGUAUCAUACUUUAUAGUAAGAAAAAUGAUAUUUUUCCACUAUCCAUUCAUCUCAAUAUGGGUUGUCAAGCUGAAAAUACCUUCUCACAAUAUUGGAAAGAGCAUAUUGGUCUUCCAAACCCACCACAUUGGUUAGUUGCAAAGGCUUCUCCAUUAAACCUCCAUCAGGUGGUAGUGUUUGAGAAACUUAUGGAAGAAAAUGGAUUGGCUUCUCACCUACACUCCUUUUGUAAACAAGCUAAUGUUGUUUGUUCUACAAAUGCACUGGUGAAGGAGACAAUAAAUAACACAUCCCUACCACCAAUAGCUCAAUGGAAUAGUGCCAAAUUAACAUAUGAAGGCCUUCCAAAUGAAACACUCCUAUCAGUUGCCAGACAAGGGGGAUUACCAUAUUUUCGAGAAUCAAUGGUGAAAGAGGGAGGUUUCAUGCCCAUCCCUGAUCUACGAGACCCAAUGUCAUAUAAAUCAUUCUUGCCACAACCUCUAGCAUCAAAAAUCCCAUUUUCCUUUACCCGGAUCAAGGAAUUAAAGAAGCUUUUUGGUGUGGUGGAUGAAUCAAACAUGAAUGAGUAUAUUGAAGACACCCUUGAGGUAUGUGAAAGGAAACCCAUUAGAGGUGAACAAUUCACCUGUGCAACUUCUGCUGAGGAUCUUAUUGAUUUUGUUGUUGAGAAAUUAGGGCACCAUAUAUGUGUAUGGGGUACUGAGAGUGUUGAAGGAUCUUAUGAGAAUGUUACAAUUGGAGCUGUGAAACUCAUAUAUGGAAACCUCUCUGAACCACCAGCCUUAUGUCAUAGUCAACCAUUUCCAUUUCAAGUCUAUUAUUGCCAUGUUUUACAGAAAGUAAUGUAUAUGCAGUUGAUAUGCAUGCUUGGAAGAAAGUGA